UUUGACAGUUCGCAAAUCGAAGCAAAGUUGCUGUUCAGCUUGCGAUUUUAGUUGAAUCCAAAACAGAUUUUCGCCAAUCCAGCUAAAAUAUUGCUGUUUUUGACGCAACCGAACGAUGAGUGACGCCAAUUAAGCGUUGGAAGAGACUGAAACGUCGGAACUUGCUUACGAAGAUUUAGAAAUGCUGGAAAACGAAGGGUUUGAGUUCAGUUUGCCUGCAGGGGAUACCAACCUUGAAGGAGUUAAGAUAGAACCGGAAGUUGUCAUCUUCAAAGAGGAACCAAUCGGAGACGAAUCUGCAACGGAAGCCGACCAUGAUCCAAUCCUGUACCCUUCAGCUUCGGAAGAAUGUUGUCUAUUUUGCCACAAUGCACCUCUACAGGAAUCGAUUCCUAGUCACGAAUCGACCCGUACCAAGAAGAUUGAGUUUGUGCUGAAUACUAAGAUGCAAACUUCUGGAGUGCCUUGUUGCUCCAGUUGCUGGAGUACCUUCCAAAGUUUCUACAAAUUCAAGCGAUCCUGCUUGGCGGCACUUUCCAAAAGGGUCGAAGCCAUGAAGGUCAAGAUUGACGAGAUCAAGACCGAGUUGGAGGGCGGUUCGUCGGGGGAGGUCGUUGAGCCUAAAGAUGACGACCGCGCUGAUUUGGCGCAGAAAACGUGUAAAAUUUGUUUCCGUAAAUUCAAGACAUUUCAAACGCUGCGAUUGCACAUCAUGAACCAUCGAGAGCCGAAGCAUUUUUGCGAGAAAUGUGGAGAAAAGUUCUUUUACACGAAGGACUACAAGAAACACAGCGCUGAAUGUUUCGUUGAUAAGCUUCUAGAAAGAACCGUUUCUUCGAGUGACUUGCUGGUUCCAAAAACCGACCUUCCUGACCAGCAAGCCGGCGUACAGGAAGCCGAACCCCCACCGGCAGCAAUGUGA